GUGCUUGACGGUGCUUGAGCUUCUGCUUUGUGGUUCUUAUUUUUUCCCAGCGGGGAGAGGUUUUUUUGAGCUCAGAAGUACAGAAGAAGAAAGAAACCAGUUUCGCAAGAUUACUGUACAACAAUCCAAUAUUUUCACGUGAUAAAUUAUGAUAAUCUUGCCUUUGGUUCAGGUUUUUUGCCAUUUAACCAAUAUGAACAGACGAUUGGAACUGUGAUAUUGAGCUUCGUGCGCUUUUUCCUGUGGGGUUGUGGUUUCCAGCGACGAACCAUGGAUUUGGCCGGGCAUACUUCGGGUUUAAUGCUGCGCAUCUCGGUUUGGUUGUGAGGUUGGCUCUCUUUGCAUGCAGAUCUAACGAACGCGGCUUCACUUCCAUCAUUGUUGCUGGGGGAGAUUUCUCGAGUUCCGUUGGUUUUUUCCCGACUUCUGGGACGAUCGAAGGUUAAAAAGUUGACACUGUUAUAGGAAAGCCUCUGUUGGGUGACAGAGUGGUGGGAAAAAGAAACUAUCUACGGGGUAAGAUGAGUUCCAGCGUCACUGGAAGUUUCGUCCUCGAGGGAAAGCUCCUAGUUCAUAUUGCCGAGAAUGGUCGCUCUUUUGACUUGGAUUGUGAUGAAACCACAGUUGUUGAGGAAAUCAUGCGACUUAUUGAGUCUCUCUCUGGGAUCUCUUUUAAUGAUCAAAUUAUCCUUUACUUGGAUAUGAAGCUUGAGUCACACAGACCGCUUUCUGCAUAUAAGCUUCCAUGUGAUGAGGGAGAGGUGUUCAUUUUCAAUAAAGCAAGACUUCAGAGCAACUCAUUGCCGCCUCCGCCAGAGCAAGUUGAUAUUGCCGACGUUGUGGGGCCUCCAUUGCCAUCCUGGUCUCAUAAUCCCCACCCUCUAGAUGAUGCUUUAGACCCUGCUUUGAAGGCCUUACCUUUAUAUGAGCGGCAAUUCAGAAAACAUUUCCAUUGCGGGCAUGCAAUUUUCAGACGUUCAAUAAUGAAAUAUGAGCAUUGUAAAAGGCUUCUAAGAGAACAGAUGGUACAAGAGAGGGCAGUGCAGGUCGCAAGCGGUAAUUUGGAUCAGUACUAUCAGGUGAUCAACCAAAACUAUGGGGACUUCAUGAAACGUUAUGCGCAACAACACCGGAUGCAUUCUGAUCUUUUGGUGAAUUUCGGGAGUAAUGUUGAAAAACUAAAAUCCACUAAACUUCAUCCUGCUUUACAAACUCCUACUUGUAAAUGUUUGAUGGAUUUCGUGAAGGAAGAGAACCUACGGAAGUCAGUGGACAUUUGUACCAACUCCCACAAGCAGUUUGAGAAUAAGGUUUCACAAUUUAAGCAUUCAUUCAGUGUAGUGAAGCGUAGGGCUGAGGAAUUGCUGUCUGUCAAAGCUUCCUUGUCCAUCAAGAGUUUAGAACAAAUAAUUAAAGAACAUCAGAAAUAUAUAGAUGAGCAAAAGAGUAUCAUGCAAUCUCUCAGCAAAGAUGUUAACACUGUAAAGAAACUCGUGGAUGAUUGUCUGUCCUGUCAGUUGUCUGUCUCACUUCGUCCUCAUGAUGCAGUUUCAGCCUUGGGUCCCAUGUACGAUGUUCAUGACAAGAAUCACUUGCCUAGGAUGCAUACUUGUGAUCAUGCCAUUUCAAAGCUACUUGACUUUUGCAAGGAGAGGAAGAAUGAAAUGAACACGUUUUUGCACAAUUGCAUGCAAAACAUAACUUAUGUAUCUUAUCUCAUCAAAGAUCAGAAGCUAAAGUUUCCUGUGUUCAAAGAGGCAAUGACACAUCAGGAUAAUUUAUUUGUGGACUUGAAGUUGUUCCAUGGUAUUGGCCCGACAUAUAGAGCCUGCUUAGCUGAAGUAGUGAGACGAAAGGCUUCCAUGAAGCUGUACAUGGGCAUGGCUGGGCAACUGGCUGAAAGGCUUGCCACAAAGCGGGAGUUUGAGGUCAGGAGACGGGAGGAGUUUCUUAGAGCACACAGUUCAUACAUACCAAAGGGUGUAUUAGAAUCUAUGGGAUUGUUUGACUUCCCUAACCAAUGUGAUGUUAAUAUAGCUCCAUUUGAUGGAGGUUUGCUAAAUAUUGACAUAUCAGAUGUGGACCGUUAUGCUCCUGAGUAUCUAGUUGGGGUAACAUCUAGGCUGGAGAAGCAUGGAAACUUUAAAGUUUCAUGUGCUUUUUCUACUGAUAGCUCUCACCCAAUUGAGGCUGUAGAUAUUGCUUCUGGUUCUUGUACAAGAAAUUAUUCUGAGCCUGAUGACCUUCUUGAUGGCAGUGAGUUGGUUGAAAUUGCGGGAACUAGCAGGAUAGAAGUUGAGAAUGCAAAACUAAAAGCCGAGCUUGCUUCUAGAAUAGCCUUAAUCUGUUCUCUCUGUCCUGAGGUAGGGUAUGAGUCGUUGGACAAUGAUAGGGUGGAUGGUAUUCUGAAGACUGCUGCAGAGAAGACAGCUGAAGCCUUGCAACUGAAAGAUGAAUAUAUCAAACAUACUGAAACCAUGCUUAGGAUGAAGCAGAUGCAAUGUGUCUCAUAUGAGACACGCAUUCAAGAAUUGGAGGAGAAAUUGUCUGAUCUGUAUUUGCUGAGCCAGAAGAAUUCCAGUGUACAUGAUUCAGCUGAAUUUGCCCUUCGAUCUGGAAAGAAAGAUGAUUGCAAACAAGGAUUUGUGAAGGGUGAAGCUUACAUGCCUUGCUUAUCGACUACUGAAUCCAUGGAUGAGACUUCAUGCAUCUCAAGUUCCUUGGGUGCAAAACUUGGUCCUGUCGCAGAACAUACAGGUAAAGCUGUAGAUGGAGCAGAUGAAAGCAUGUUAGAUUCCCCUAGAUUACAGAAACAACAGUGGGAUUCACCUAUGGUGGAGCCUCAUCAUGAAGAAAUCCAAAGUGGUAAAAAGGAUAGGAAUAAUAAGAUGGUUGGACAAUUGUAUAUGUCAGUGACAAACGGUUCUGCUGCUGGGAGCAUGCCCUCAUCCCAGGAUCUUGAACCUUGUAACUCGCCAGUUCCUCUUCACUCGGAUUCUAAAGUAAAUGGCGAUUAUUUGUUCGAACGACAAAAUUCACUUGCAGACAAGACAAGCCAAUUAAACAAAACUGAAAUGAAACUUAAAUCUCUUGUGGAGGAGGUUGCCAUGCUUAGAAGGGAAUUAGAAGCAAGUCGGAAUCUUCUUGAUGAAUCCCAGAUGAAUUGCGCUCAUUUGAAGAAUUGCUUACAUGAGGCUAGGGAGGAAGCUUUAACACAAAAAAGUUCUGCUGACAGAAUGGCCUCAGAAUACAGUUCACUGCGUUCGUCAGUUCUUAGAAUGCGCAGCCUUUUUGAAAGACUCAAGAACUGUGCUUAUUCUCUUGGUGGUGUUGCUGGUUUUACUGAUUCCUUGCGGCCUUUGGCCCAAUCUUUAGCCAAUUCUGCAACUGACAACAACGAUGAUGAUACUGCCGAGUUCCGAAAAUGUAUUUGUGUGUUAGCUGAUAAAGUUGGUAUUUUGUUGAGGCACCAUGAAGAGCUGCUUGACAAGUAUCCAAAUAUUGAAGCCACUAAUGAACGGCUCAGGAAGGAAUUGGACGAGAAAAUGAAUCAAGUCAAAGCUUUAUACAACAAGCAUCAACAGGAGAAGCAGGCAAACAAAGAAAAUGUUUCUUUUGGUCACCCAGAAGUUCAUGAGGUUGCUGUCUUUGUCCUCAAUGCAUCCGGGCACUAUCAGGCUAUGACAAGGGAUUACUCAAACUACUACUUAUCCACUGAAUGUGUGGCCCUGUUUGCAGACCACCUUCCUAGCCGACCCAGCUACAUUGUUGGACAGAUUGUUCAUAUUGAACACCAAGUUGUGAAGGCGAUGCCUCUGACUUCCACUCAACCUGAACAUGCUAGGGCGGAUCAACUGAUCUCUGACGUGGGAACUGAUCGGUUGAGCUCGAGUUCAGGAUCAGCUUCAAACCCAUAUGAUCUCCCCAUAGGCUGCGACUAUUUCGUGGUGACAGUAGCAAUGUUACCUGAUAGAACCAUUCCUUCACUAUCUUCUUCCUGAUCCUGCAUAUAAGCCUUGAUAAAUAUGGAUUGGACGUGAGGGAAGUAUUCAAUUGUAUAUAAAUUCGACCUUUCAAGUUGGAAUUCUCUUAGUGGGAGCUGCACUUGUCAACCAUUUGUACAUAUGAUAAUCCAUUGUUUUAGUCACCCCCUUAUAUUUCUGUUUGUGAAUAGACUUGACAGUUGCCACUUUGUUGUUGAUACGGUGCCUAAGCUUUCGUCUCGGAUCUGCUAAAUAAAUAUUUAUACUUUACUGA